ACAUAUACCUGACUCACUGUCUGGGUUACCCAUAGUGUUUACUGCACUUUGUGAAAAUGAAGUUAGCACUAAUCGUUUUAGCUGCAUGUGUUGGUGUGCUGUGCAGACAAGGGAAAAGCAAUACCAAACAGUUCCCGGAUCGAGACAUUCAACUGGCAGCUAUGGCAAUUGGAAAGUGGUUAUGCAUGGAUUAUGACGUAGACAAGAACGGCGUCUUAGAUGAAACACAGGAGCUGAUCGACUCCACUGACGGAUACGAAUCAGGAUGGAUUUUUGACUAUGGAAGAUCGCUUCCUCGAGCAACAUCAUGAUCCAAUCACUGGAGUCCUCCUAAUAAAGGACUGUAUCAUGCUUUGUGCAGAUCAUUUUCUGAGAUAUGAAAAGAACCUUCGAAAGGAAAUCAAAGAGCAAGAACAAAAGGGUGUUCUUCAAUUCAGUGAUUUUUUGCUGUGAACAAAAACACAAAGCAGUGAUCAGCAACUACUUCCGAUGACGAUCACUUCCUUUCUUUGUUAAAUCUUGGACAAUAUAAUGAAGCCAUUUUAUCCUCUGCCUUAACCGCUAAAUAAUAAUAAACUUCUUAGCAAGA